GCAUCACACUACUACUCUUUGAAGUCUGUGCCGUACUGCAGAUUAAGCAUGACAAUGAUAAAUUACGUUCAUUAGGACAAUAAUUAAAAGAUCCAAUCAUGGAAACGGUAGUUCGUUUGUAGAUAUUUACCUCUCACAAACCAUGAAGCGAAUGUAUGAUAAGCCAAGUGUAAUCUCGAGUGAUGCGAAAAUAGUAUACAGAACUUUCUCUCAGUCGGAAACACUCGAGCAGUUCCAUUUCAAACGGCUAUCAGUGCAGACGUUUAUACCCUUUCGGAAAACGAUCAUGUCCCAGUACGACUCUGCGAACAGGACCUGGUUCGGACCGAUUCAACCAAGCAUCUUCAAUCCGGAAGCCAACAUAGGCCAAGUAGUUUUGAGCAUUCUCUCGAGAACCCCCGCCAAGAUCAUCCAGAUCAAUGCCGACACCGGAUACGAGAUGACCUGCGCCGAGAUGAAGCAACGAAUCAUUCGGAUCGCACUACACCUGAAGAGCCUAGGCUACCGGCUUGGAGAUUUGGCUACGCUAGCCUGCAACAAUACGGACAACUUGGUUCCGGUUUACUUUGCAUGUGUGACGCUGGGGAUCUCGGUCAAUCCUUUGGCUCCGGUGUUCAAGCGGGACGACUUGGCUCACAUGAUGCGACUGACGCAGUCCAAGGUUGUUUUCUGCGACGAAUCCAAUCGAGUUGAGGUGGAAGAAGCCGCGAAGGAAGCUAUUCGCGUCAAACCGAGAAUCUAUGUCAUGGGUGAACGGAAGGGGGAUGCCUUAUCGGUUGAUGAACUGCUGGCCCCGGUGGAGGGCGAAGACAGUUUCGUUCCUCCAUAUCUAGGGGAUUCAAAGAAGCUGACAGCGACUGUUCUUUGUUCUUCCGGAACUACCGGAUUGCCGAAGGGUGUAUGCCUUUCUCAUUCACAUUUGAUAGCUGGCGAAUUAUUUUCCGCCGCAUUGAACGCCGGACCGAUCUUCAACUUCAGCCCUCUGUUCUGGAUGACUGGAGUGUUUGCAGCCCACACCUCAAUCCUGUACACCCGCUCGCGGGUCAUCACAACGAAACCCUUCACUGCCGAUACGUUCUUCUCCAUCAUCGAACGGUACCAAGUGGAAGACAUCUUCACACCUCCGUCGACUAUUUCAGCUAUCCAAAGCCAUCCCAGUUAUCGGACGGUUCAGAUGAGCAGUGUGAAACGAUGGCUUAUAGGUGGCUCAACCGUUGCGCCCGAGAUGGUGACCAGCUUGAGAGAACGAUUCAGCACCAUCGACGUGAAGGCGAUUUACGGCUGCUCGGAAUAUGGCUGCGUGACUUCUCCGAUGUUGCCCAACGGAUCAUUAGCUAAGAACAUGACUGUCAAGAUUACCGAUGAAAAUGGACGUAGGUUGGGACCGAACGAGAAGGGUGAAAUCUGUCUGCAAUACAAUUUCAAAUUUUUGGGGUACAUCAACAACAAGGAGAUGACGCUCAACGCAUUCGACAACGAAGGAUUCUACAAAACCGGAGACAUCGGCUAUUUCGACGCCGAAGGCCGUCUUUACAUAGUAGAUCGCAUCAAGGACAUCAUCAAGUACAUGAACUUCCAGAUAUCCCCGUCGGACUUGGAGGAUAUCGUACUGAAAAUUCGCGGAGUGGCUCAGGUUUGCGUGGCCGGAAUACCAACGGAGGAUCGUUCGUCCGAACUGGCGACGGCGAUGAUCGUGAAGCAGCCGGGAUCUAGUUUGUCCGCGCAGGAAGUGGUGGACACGGUUAAUGGCCAAGUUAGCGAUUACAAGAAGUUACGCGGUGGAGUAUUCUUCGUCGAUCAACUGCCGAUGACACCUGCGGGAAAGGUUCUCCGUCGGUCAGUGAGAGAUAUGAUCAUUUCGGGGCAGCACUAGGUUUGCCAUGGCCUAGCGGACUCUAAUAACUAGACUACUAGCUAGACUAUACGUAUAUUUAAAAUAAUGCAUAAAUAAAACCCCAUACACUGA